GAUAAGGGAGCGGAGUAAGAUAAGUCGCAGAUUAACUUGUGACCUUCUCUUUGGACGGACUUCUUAAUUUAUAAGUUGAAAUUAUGCCGAAUAUUAAAGUUUUUAGUGGUUCUUCGCACGUCGAUCUUGCACAGAAAGUCGUCGAUCGGUUAGGGAUAGAUCUUGGGAAAGUAGUGUUAAAAAAAUUUAGUAAUCAAGAGACUAGUGUAGAAAUUGGGGAGUCUGUCCGAGGUGAAGAUGUGUACAUUAUACAAAGUGGCUGUGGUGAAGUGAAUGAUAAUCUAAUGGAACUUUUAAUUAUGAUUAAUGCAUGCAAAAUAGCAUCAGCUUCUCGAGUUACAGCUGUCAUACCAUGCUUUCCAUAUGCAAGACAAGACAAGAAAGACAAGAGCCGUGCUCCUAUUUCUGCUAAACUUGUUGCCAAUAUGCUCUCUGUAUCUGGAGCAGAUCACAUAAUUACCAUGGAUUUGCACGCAUCACAGAUACAGGGAUUUUUUGAUAUUCCUGUAGAUAAUCUAUAUGCAGAACCAGCUGUUUUAAAGUGGAUCCGAGAAAACAUCGUAGAGUGGCGUAAUAGCUGCAUAGUUUCUCCUGAUGCAGGAGGUGCAAAAAGAGUGACUUCAAUCGCUGAUCGUUUAAAUGUAGAGUUUGCUUUAAUUCACAAAGAACGGAAGAAAGCCAAUGAAGUUGCAUCAAUGGUAUUGGUUGGUGACGUAAAGGAUCGAGUUGCUAUUUUAGUAGAUGACAUGGCAGAUACUUGUGGCACGAUUUGCCAUGCUGCUGAAAAAUUAAUGGAAGCCGGUGCCUGCAAAGUCUAUGCAAUACUUACCCAUGGGAUCUUUUCGGGUCCUGCAAUAUCCCGAAUAAAUAAUGCUUGCUUUGAAGCAGUUGUUGUAACGAACACAAUUCCUCAAGAGCAACACAUGAAAGAGUGCCCUAAAAUACAGUGUAUUGAUGUCUCGAUGAUCCUGGCCGAAGCGAUCCGUCGUACCCACAAUGGAGAAUCUGUCUCUUACCUCUUCAGUAACGUCCCUAUGUAGACAUGGCAUUUCAUUCCCACUAACAAGGUUUCCAUUCCUUUAGCAUGUUGCAGUUAUAUGUGCCAUAUGUAUGACUUUACUUUUAUAAUGUACAAAUUUUAAUAAAAUAUUUUGGAAAAAAAAAAACUUUU